AUGUUGAACAAGGUUCUCGCCGUGUCAGCCUUGGCUGCCUCUGUCUUGGCUGUCCCCGUCCAGUUACCAGACACCUCGUCGCUAGACCUGGUCGCCCUUUUAAACCAGACGGCCGGGUUUAGCUACCUCAGCGAGCACGUCGGUCAGAUUCCUGCUCUCGCUGGCGCUUUGAACAACCUUACCAACAUCACUGUCCUCGCACCCAGCAACAUCGCUCUGAGACUCUUCCCCUGGGAUACCCGGUACUACGAGGAGUGGGAGCUAGCUAGCGUCGAUUUGUUACAGGCCAUACUUGGAUACCAUAUCCUCGAUGGCGUCCAUACUAACUUGAGCACUUCUUUCGCCCCAUACAAGACUGCUGUCAAGCAGGAGCCAUGGACCACUGUCCCAGGUGGCCAAGUUGUUUUAGGACGCUUCGACACACGUACAUUUGAGACCGCCUUCGUCUCUGGCAGAGGCCUGCUCACCCAAGCCCCUACAUUCAUGAAGUUCAAGGGGGGCAUCAUCUAUGCUAUCGACGACGUGCUUAACCUUCCUCGUGGUGUCGCUUACGAGUUGAACAACAAAGCAGCAAACGCCACCAACUUCAUUGCGGCUCUUGGCCGCGCUGGCCUGUUGGAUGAAGUUGAGAGCCUCGGUCAGGUCACCAUCUUCGCACCAAACGACGAAGCAUUCAGACAAGUUGAGAAAGCCUUCUAUGGCCUCAGCAAGGCCGACCAGGCUGCUGUGCUUCAGUACCACAUCAUUCCUAAUCAGAUUACCUACUCCUCGGAAUUCAAGAACGGCACAACCUUCAAGACGUUGGGAGACCAGGACAUCAAGAUCAACAAACAGCGACGAAACUUCAUCCAGAAUGCACGCGUCCUUGGGAACGAUGUCCCCAUCAAGAACGGCGUUGUUCAUGUCAUUGACAAUGUCAUGAACCCCAAGGUCACUCCCGAGGCUCAGAAUGCCACCCAGGGAGAUGGCGAGCCUGCCUUCCCUCUCGGCCCUGGCUUCUUCUAG